AGGUGGAUUGUGGUCAGUGGCUGCCACAGUGGCUGGUGGUCAAAAAAAUUAACUUCAGGCCCUGGGCGCAUGCCUGUAAUGUAAACGCAUAUGCUAUGAGAGCCACCGUGAGCAGAUUGCGAGGGUAGAUCAUUUUUAACGAGGGUGGUUUCACUUUUUUUGCGUUUUUAAGCCCCAAAAACGCAGUCACCGUGUAAACUAAAGGCACAUCCAAUAAAAUAUUUGUACGUCUUCACACUCGAGCGUUCUCGUGUAAACAGGCCCUUAAAGAGAAAGAAAGAGUGAUGUCUCCCUUUAAAGUGGACUUUGAGCUUUGUAAUACUGUAGAUCCUAUUUAUGCUCAAACAGCAUCAUUACACCCAAACUAAAGUUGUAUGUUUCCUGCAGGCAACACAAUGAAAAACUUCUACAAGAAAAUCAACAGAAAGAACCAGAUCUUUUAUUCAGAAACAGUAAAUGGUGCAGUUAUGAAAUGUGCAAAAAAUUGUAAAAUGGCGAAAUAGUACAAAAGUGCAAUGUUAAUCCUAAUGUUAUUAAAGACUUAAACAUUCAAAUCUGAAUGCUGCACAAUAUUCACAUGGUGAUAACAGAAAACCCACUUCCCUUCUCACACACCGCUUAGACACGGAAGUCAGAGAAAACGAAACUUGAGUUGUGUUUGAGCGGUUGAACUUCCCUCACUGUUCGUCUCCACGUGCAGUAAAAUGGCAGAAGCCAGUAUUUCGUGGGCUCAGGAUCAGUUAAUCUGUCCAGUGUGUCUGGAUCUAUUGAAUUGUCCAGUGACCAUUCCCUGUGGACACAGUUACUGUAUGAGAUGUAUUACAAACUACUGGAAUCAGAAGUAUCAGAAGAGAGACUACAGCUGUCCUCAAUGCAGACAGACCUUCACUACAAGACUGACUCUGAGUAAAAACACCAUACUGGCUGAAAUGGUGGAGAAACUGAAGACUAAAGUACAAGCUGAUGUUUCUGCUCAGUGUUCUGCUGGAGAUGUGCCGUGUGACGUCUGUACUGAAAUCAAACACAAAGCUGUCAAGUCCUGUCUGAUGUGUCUGAACUCUUACUGUCAACAUCACCUCCAACAACAUGAGAAUCUCUUCAAAGGAAAGAGACACAACUUGAUAGACGUCACUGGACGACUUCAGGAGAUCAUCUGCUCUCAACAUGGUAGACUGAUGGAGAUUUACUGUCGUACUGAUCAGCGUUGUGUGUGUUAUCUGUGUAUGAUGGAUAAACACAAAAAUCAUGACACUGUAUCAGCUGCAGCAGAGAGAACUGAGAAACAGAGGAUUUUAGGUGAUACAAAGAGAAAAUACCAUCAGAGAAUGAAGCAGAUAGAAAAGGAGCUUAAGGAUCUGAGAGAUGUUAUUAAGUCUCAUAAGCGCUCUGCACAGACAGCAGUGGAGGACAGUAAGAGGAUCUUUACUCAACUGAUCCGCUCCAUUGAGAGAAGACGCUCUGAGGUGAUACAGCUGAUCAGAGAUCAGGAAAAGACUGCAGUGAGUCGAGCUGAAGAACGACUGGAGCGACUGAAGCGGGAGAUUGAUGAUCUGAGGAGGAGAGAUGCUGAGCUGGAGAAACUUUCACACACAGAUGAUCACAUCUAUUUCCUAAAGAGUUUUCCGUCUCUCUCUGUCUCUCUUGGAUGUAUUGACGAACCCAACAUCACUUUCUCUUCUCAACUCUCUUUUGAUGAUGUGAGAAAGUCUAUAUCUAUACUGAAAGAAAAACUUCAGGAUUUCUACAAAGAGAUUGAUAAGAUAUCUUAUAAAGUUACAUCCAUCAAGAUAACACCCACUAAUGAACCAAAAACCAGACAGGAGUUUCUACAAUAUUUCUGUCAGCUGACUCUGGAUACAAACACAGUGAAUAAAAAACUCCAUCUAUCUGAGAGAAACCGAAGAGUUUCACGGACUGAUAGAGUCCAGCAGUAUCCUGAUCAUCCAGACAGAUUUGAUAAUGUGUGUCAGGUGUUGUGUAGAGAGAGUGUGUGUGGACGCUGUUACUGGGAGAUUGAGUUCAGUGCUGGUAUUUUUUCUAGUGUGUGUAUAUCAGUGUCAUAUAAGAGCAUCAGCAGGAAGGGUCAGGUUGGUGAAUGUGGGUUUAUAUAUAAUGAUCAGUGCUGGAGUUUGUACAUCUGUUCAUCCAGGUGUUCAUUCUAUCACAACAACAAACGCACAGAUAUUCCUGUAGAUUUGAGUUCCUGUAUAAUAGGAGUGUAUGUGGAUCACAGUGCAGGAUCUCUGUCCUUCUACAGAGUCUCUGACACAAUGAAGCUCAUACACAGAGUCAACACCACAUUCACUCAACCUCUAUAUCCUGGGUUUGCGGUCUAUGGAGGAUCAACAGUGAAACUCUGUGAUGUUAAAAGAUAGUUUAUAUCUGAAUGUGAAUAUGACUGUUUUUUGUUGUUUAGCCUCUUACACUCUGAGGCUAUUUUGGGGAUUUCCGCCUGAAUUUGGCCUACCCAAUUUCAAAAGCUUCCCAUACCCACAAGCAGAGGUGCACAUACAAAAGUGUGGUAUCAUUUUACAGGAAACCCUUUGAAAUUACAUAAAACACUGUUAAAAGUGCUCAACAUGGUUGCAUGUGUUGUCAGUCCUCUAAUACAGUGGUUUUCAAACUGGGGGCCGCGAGAUGGUGCCAGGGGGGCCCCAGUUUUAUGACAUUUUAUAAAAUACAUUCAUUUAUCAUCAAUUCUGUGUAAUUAAACCUAAAAAAUAAUAAGCCAACUAACCAACAGCACUACUAGGUAUAAUUUUAUAUGUUUUGUUUAAUUAAAAUAUUACAUUUUAAAACUGUUUUUGUCAUAAAUUUUCUUUCGGGGGGCUGCGAAAAAAUGCACUGUACACAAGGAGGGGCCGCACGCUGAAAAAGUUUGGGAACCACUGCUCUAAUAAACACAAAAAUAAAUAGGCGCUUUUUGAUGUUUUUUUUUUUUAAAGUCUGUAUUUAAAAGUGUAUAACUCUGGCCCUGAAUGGUAACGAAACCUGCAGACAGUUUUGUUUGAUUCCAGCAAUUGCCAGCUUACAGAGGAAAAUGAAUUUUUUCUCUAUCAUAAUAAAUGCAAAAGUUAUUUUACUCCAACUGAUGGGAGGAAUAAUACGCUUAUGGUGUACAAUUUCUGCCAAAAAACAUUUGAUGUGCUCCCAUAAGCACAUACAGUGGAAUAAAUGCAAUAUCUUUAUAUCAUUUUGCAGAAAACCCCUUUGAAGUUACAUAAAAAGCUGCUGUUUGUGACAAAUAUUGUUAUUUAUGUUGUUUUUCAUAUGAUAA